UUAACUUUUUUGAAGGUGGGAGGCCGGAGGGUCACAUUAAUUGGCUGCGUACUGCGUAGCCGUCUCUUUACGCUUCGAUUCAAAGAGAACAAGCACGCAAGGCAUGAUUACACACCAUAGACAAUGUUUUAUUGCACAUGCUGAGCUUCGUCGACUGAAAUAAUGAUCUGAGAAGCCUCUCGCAAAUACAAAAUUUUGGUCAUCCCUAGCUAUGGAUAUCGCAUUCGAAACCGUCCCAUGACAACCAAACCACACUUGACAAAAGACGUCACGAGUGUGACCGACGGCGAUGUCUGAGCGUGACCUGUUCGUGUGGAAACCUCACACGGCCGCGGCUGGCCGGUAUAAAACCCGACACCGACCAGCCAGAGCCAGGUCACAGCCUGCUCCACCAUCCAGCGCUCAGCAUGAAGGUCCUGUCGGCUCUGGUGGUGCUCUCCGCGCUCUGCGCACUCGCCCUGGCCAGCCCGGGAGGCUACGGCGGCUACGGCGGAGGACACAAGGGAGGCUACGGCGGCUACGGCGGAGGACACAAGGGAGGCUACGGCGGCUACGGCGGAGGACACAAGGGAGGCUACGGCGGCUACGGCGGAGGACACAAGGGAGGAUACGGCGGCUACGGCGGAGGACACAAGGGAGGCUACGGCGGCUACGGCGGAGGACAUAAAGGAGGCUACGGCGGCUACGGCGGAGGACACAAGGGAGGCUACGGCGGCUACGGCGGAGGACACAAGGGAGGCUACGGCGGCUACGGCGGUGGCUACCACUAAGUCUGUUUGCCGUACUUUGUAGGCUACUGUGCCCUAGCCUCUGUCAUGCCGAGUAGCCUCUACAGCAUGGAGGGACUCUGCCGUGGCGUCGGCCGGCGUGCGGCCCCGGCCACCGAGACGGAGCGGUGUCUGCUCCGUGCGGCUGCUGG